UCCUGGUUGGCAGAAGUAUCAAAAUUCUUCAAUAUUCGACAAAUUAGAUCGGUUAAAGUCACGUACAUGGCCAAGCAACGCUAUCAAAAUUAUUGAUACGUUUGAAGCCCCAUUACAAGGUCCAAAAUCAUCUUGUGUUAGUAUUACGUGCAUGUGCAAUGAGUAGCUUUUUCCGUAACGUUGCUUUCUUUAUUUAGCGAGUACAACAGUUGAGUUAGAUCCCUCUGCAGGGGAUCCAUGCUCGUCAACUACCAUUCUUCCCUCCAAUUUUUUAAGUCCAUAACGACCUCCUAUUCAAAGACAACCAUACACAAAACCAACAAGAAGCCUCAUCACUCCAAGAAACUUCUCUUCUUUUUCAUGGUCCAAAAACUCCAAUCCAUCUCAGCACCGUCCUCUCGGCUCCGAUUCGGAUCGACUUCAAAUCCGACCAGGUGAAUGCCAAAGUCAGAUACACAAAAACCCAAAGAAAAUGGCAGCUCUAGAAACCAUACAGUCUCAGUUGCCACUUCAAGAUUCCUCAUUUCUCAGCACCAGCACUGUCAUUGCACUCACUGUGUUCUUCACACUCCUCUGUGUUUGUAUCAUUAUCGGUCAUUUGCUCGAAGAGAACCGCUGGGCGAAUGAAUCGAUCACUGCCCUUCUCUUGGGUUUGGUUGCUGGAGUGGUGGUGUUGCUGGUGACAGGGUUCGAAAGCUCGAAGAUUUUGAUCUUUAGUGAGGACUUGUUCUUUCUGUAUCUAUUGCCUCCAAUCAUUUUCAAUGCCGGUUUCCAGGUCAAGAAAAAGCAGUUUUUCAAGAACUUCACCACAAUUUUGUUGUUUGGAAUCGUCGGUACAGUAAUUUCUUUCUGCCUCAUAUCACUAGGUGCCUAUUUACUUUUCAAUAGAUUCGGUUUCACAACUCUGACCACUAAAGACUUCCUAGCGAUCGGUGCCAUAUUCUCAGCAACUGAUUCAGUUUGUACAUUGCAGGUUCUAAAUCAAGAUGAGACACCGUUUCUUUACAGUGUUGUGUUUGGGGAGGGAGUAGUGAAUGAUGCUACCUCCAUUGUGCUUUUCAACGCAGUACAAUCGCUAGAUGUCAGCAACGUUGACGCUCUUACAGCGUUGACCUUGUUGGGGAAUUUUCUUUACCUCUUCUUCACCAGUACUCUUCUUGGUAUAGCAGCCGGUCUGAUGAGCGCUUUUAUCAUAAAAACGCUUUACUUUGGAAGGCAUUCUACAGAUCGUGAAGUUGCGCUGAUGAUUCUUAUGGCUUAUUUGUCAUACAUGUUGGCCGAGCUUAUGAGUCUCAGUGGAAUUUUGACGGUGUUUUUCUGCGGCAUAGUUAUGUCACAUUAUACAUGGCACAACGUUACAGAAAGCUCAAGGGUAACAACCAAGCAUGCAUUUGCAACAUUGUCGUUCAUUGCAGAAACCUUUAUAUUCCUUUAUGUUGGCAUGGAUGCCUUGGACAUUGACAAAUGGAAAGCCAGCAAUGCAAGUCCAGGGACUUCAGUUGGUGUCAGUUCAAUGCUGUUUGGACUUGUAUUAGUCGGAAGAGCAGCAUUUGUCUUCCCGAUUGCAAACAUCAAAAACUGUUUUAUGAAAAGAGAGGGUAGGAAAAUCGAGUUCAAAAACCAGUUUAUAAUGUGGUGGGCAGGCCUAAUGAGGGGUGCAGUCACCAUUGCUUUGUCAUACAACCAAUUUGCAGACACGACCGAAUCAACAUCAACGCAAGAUGGUUCUUUGAUGAUUACCAGUACCAUCAUUGUUGUUCUCUUCAGCACAGUGGUAUUUGGCUCCAUCACAAAGCCAUUAAUCUCAGCUCUGAUACAGCCACAUGCAAAAGCAAACAUUUCAGAUGCGACUGAUAUGCCAAGUCUAGAAGACUUGAGGGUACUUUUCCUGGAAGCCGGCCAGCCAAGCGAGGGAGGCAAUGGUGAACCAAGUGAGAGAGGCAACAGUGAGCCAAUCCGAAAACCAAGCAGCUUAAGGUUGUUAAUGACACAUCCAGCUUCCACAACUGCUCACUACUUGUGGAGAAAGUUUGAUGACAAGUUCAUGAGACCAGUUUUUGGGGGACGGGGUUUCGUUCCAUUUGCUCCUGGUUCACCAACUGGUGCAGCAGAAGAUCAAGCUGCAGAACAUACUGAACAUACCGAACAUACUUCUUGAGAUCAACAGUUCAAGAUAAAUGUAAAAUUAAAAUUUUAUUUCAUUGUUUUUUUAUGGACAAUUAAAUGUAUUAGGAAGCGGGUUGUUCUUGUUUUGUAAAGUAAGAAUGUGAAGCUAUGCUAUAGUUAGAACAUCCUUUCUUCCAUGAUCUAAGAGGGCCCUCUAAUAAAUAUGAAUUUCUAGCUA